UCUUCUUAUAUACCUGAUAAAACAAAGUACGUAUGUGCUGAUUGUAUCGACGAUUUACAACUCUGCUAGUUGUGACGUGACAAAAAUAAACAUUUAACGUGUCAGUUGUGAUCCCGAAUGAUGUUUGAGAACGCUUUGUCAUACUAAUGAAAUUUGGUUUUAUAGUGCUGUUUUGAUAUGGAAGGUGUUAAAUUACCGACGUUGUGCCUAAUUUGUUCCACCCCCCGCGAUCACUCAUCGCAUGAUAAAGUUAUGACUGAAUAUUUACUUGUAAUCCGUGUAGCUUCGUGCAGAACACACUGAUAAAAGCGCAAACAGGAAGCCGCAGUUCAUUCUGGUUAAUUACAUACUCUGCACCUGAUGUUUACGAGAGUUAAAUUAUAGUGAAAAUUCAGUCAUUCUUGAUAUCCCGCGUUAUUCGUCAGUCUCGGUUGCAAAAAUACUGCCUAGUCUGUACUAACUGAGCGGACAGCACUUUGGUCACCUUGCGUAUUAUGUGCCACAGACUCUCUAUUCGCACGCAACAUUUAAUUAACAACGAACAUUGAGGAAGAGACGAACGCGAUGUGACUUCAAUUUCUUAUCCGGAAACCAUUUAUUCACGAGUUUGGACGAACGACAUUAAUUCAGAGGGUACUUUCAGGAUGAAAAAAAUGAAACACUUGGGCUUGAAUAACAGUGCUCGAUGAACUGGGAAUUCGAUCUGGAUCGGUUUGUUGUUAUUGUACAAUGAUCUAGUGAUCGUUGAAAUGCUACUUGCAAGAACAUCCAAGGGGGUUCCUCGUGGAGGGUCAAGGCGAAUCUUUUGUCGUGAGAAUUCAUUCUACAAUUAAAUAUAAGAGACGCAUUGUACGAAUUUAAAGCAACGUGACCCAUUUACGGAUAAGACAAUAAUGACAUCGGAGCAUUUUAUGACACCAAGACUUGCCGCCCAAUCCAGCCGCUUUUCAGGGACGAAUCGUGGGCCAGGGGCCCCGAUACCAAAGAUUUUGUAUUUCAGAUGAGGAGAUCGUACAGUUAAAAUUAUUGUGAAACAUUACGGCUUUACUUAUUAAGGACAUGAGAUUCGAUAUCGUUUUUCUUCUAUUUCAAUUCGCUUGAAAACGGUGAGAAAUUUAAUAAACUUGUUCAAUUUCUCAGGCCACGAUAACUCAUUUUUUCUGUAGAUAACCUGCUAAAUAUUCACCAUAUCUUAUAUUUUCUUCUCUCUCAAUAAUCAAUUCAGUAUAACAAUACUGAAUUUCUUGAUCAAAAUCAAUAUCAGAAUAGUUUUGAAAAAUGAUUUGAAGAUAGUGAUGUGUUGAAAAAAUGUAAUUGUGGGAUUGUAGAGAAUCAUCUUCCGAAUAAAUUCGUAAUCUCUUGUAAUGAAAUUAUCCAAAAAUACUGCUGGUUUUCAACAGCAAAGUCUCCUUUACUGACAUCUUAAGGCUAAUGAAAACGUGAAAAAAUCAUGGCGUAAACAGUGUACAAGUGAAAAAAUUGAAUUUUCAUGUUCGUGUGGAAGAGAUGCAGCUUGUUCGAAAUGUAUUAAACGUACGUGAGUGGAUUACUUGCAUGGAGAAACGUUGAUUUGAAGCUUCGUUUCUUUGCCAGAAAAACAAUUUUUUUUUGUUUGCUUUGAAACGCACAUUUUGCUUCCAUAUUUAAAUACUUGUAUACUGUUUCUACAUAAAGUCCCUUACGUUUACACUUACUCCGCAUCGUCAGUGAAACGAAACAGUAAAAUUUCUGUCCUGGGGCCUCGGGCUUGGAUUCGGCCCUGACAGUUGGCGGCUCGGGUUGCCAGCUUCACAAUCAACGUCACUACCUAUUUUUCUUCUUCACAUACAUAGUAUACACUUUCUCUCUAACAUAUGGCUUAUAUGUAAACUGACCUCAAUGAAUAUUAUUGAUCGCAUGUGACUAGCAAAGUGCAAAUGUGUGUCUUUAAAAAAUAUUUACUCGAGACAUCUCUCUCUCUUUGUUGUGGUAAAACGGCCGGUCUAAGGUAAACGAAAUAGUCACGUGAACGAUCAGGAAAUUAAACAUGCAUUAGUAACGAAAGUUGUUUGAUACAUGUGAUACCUGCAUAGUAUAAAAUAGCUGUUUUAUAUUGUACUCUAUUUAUCAGGCAUUCCCAAAGAAAUACAAGUUCUUUUUCUCCCCGCCUUGUGCGUCGAUGUAUAAUCAAUACGCCGUUUCUUUGUUACGCCUAUGUUGAUCAGGAGUCAUAAGAAAACCUUCGGAUAUUGAAGAAAUGAGUUUAUACAUGCGUGAGUUGAAAGCAAGAAAAACGCUACAAAGAAUUCUUCAGAGCUGACCAAAGAGGAUAUAAAAUAUCUUGUAUACUGACGUCGAAUAUAUCGAUAUCAGGAUAAAACAAACAUUCUACUCAUUGAACAACUGGAGUUUGAAAAAACAGAGAAACUAUAACAAACUGACUGAUAAGCUGUGUACAUCGAAUAACGCUUAGUCGAAUAGAUAAUACUUUAUAAUUGUGAUGAUUAGUAUAAAAUUUUAAUUUCAGUUAUGCAUUGAAUAGCAAGCAGCAGCGAAAUAACGAAAGAGGAUUGCCGAAGCAGGUGUGCCUAACUAUAUGCAGCUUACAAUACGUAUCAGCUAGUGGAGUAGCGGUUGAUUCCAUCGAUAUAACAUUUCGUUAUUCCCGUGAAGCCAAGAUUCAGUGUUUUAUUAUAUAAAUUUGAAUACGAUUAAAUUUGGGUUUUAAAAACAUGCGAAAUUGAAAAUGAAACCUACAGGCCCAACUUUCAGCUUAAGACUCAGGUUUUUGUAAUAUCCAUAAUUUCGUAUUCAUGUAUUUUUUCAACUCUUGGCCACGGCAUCAAUUGUUUAAUAUUUUUAAUUUUAGUGCGCGAAGUGUACGACAUACGUAUAUUAGUUACGCAAUGCUAGGUAUACGAAAGCGUGAAUAUACAUAAUCAUGAUAGAAUUUCAUAUGUAGCAUAAUGCGCGUUGGUUAAAAUUUCAGAUAUUGUCGUGAGAAUAAUAACAAUUGUGUGUGUUAAAAAGGAAAAUAAUAUAUAAAAAUUGUUAAGCUGGCAGCUGAACAAAUCACGCAUAUAAUAAAGUAUGCACAGGUGAGGCGAGUUCAAGUAAAUUAUAGGUUAACGGUGAAUACAUAGUUAAAAAUAGUGAGUAUUGAAAAUGCGAAUAGAAAUAGACGAGUUAUAUAAGUAGAGAUAAAUAUUGUUAUACGAAGCGUUAACGACGAUGUAGACCUGUGUGUUAGUAUUUAGCCUACAGCCUAAGCAACACGCGAAGACGGAUUGCAAGCCAUCAAUAUUGCAGACGACAGAAAGAGAAAAAGAUAAAGCCUGGUGCGGUUAAUCAAAUAAUACAUGUAUAAUAUGUAUAAUAAACAUGUCUAUGCGGAUAUUGAUUAAUGGACUAUCUUUUCCUUUGUCUUUUGUAUGCAUAUCAAACGCGUUAUCGGACAGUAUCGUUUUGGCUCGGAUGCUGGAUUGGCAGUUUGAAAUCCUUUUGUUUGCCAACAAAAGAAAAUUCGCAAAAUUCUGUGAACGUUGCGUGCUCGGUGGCGUGUGUGAUAAGGGAAAUAAUAACGCUAAUUCACAUCUGCAGGGAACUGCUGUGUAAGCCAUUAGUAGCAAUGGGGGAAGGGAACAAAGACUCGAAUAAAUACUAAACUCGAUUUCGACAAUCACGAUAGACGUCAGGAGAGAGAGAAAAACUUAGACGACGAGUAGAUGGAAUCGCGUGAGGUCAGCUUCGCAACGAUCGCGCGGCUGCGGCUGACAUUUGCGUCACAAACCUGCUACAAGGAACACCUGCGAGUAGCAGUCAGUGACAUUAUUCCGGUCCUUGAACCAGGUGGUUUUAUCGUUUGUAAUUAAGUGAGAGUUUUCGGUAUGCAGAACAUCGACGAUGCUCCGCCCGAAGAGACCGCGAUUUACAAAAAUCUCGAAUUCUGGAUGUCCGAUCUCCCGCCACAGUUGAAAACAUUACCCAUAAAUCAUCUGGCCAUACCCGGUUCACAUGAUACAAUGACCUACACAAUUUCGCGGAAAGGUGAGAUUGGACCCGAUGGACCAAAAUUCUUGAGGCACUUGGGCUGCUUCAAGAUGCUAGCGAAGCCAGUCAUAUUCAAUUGGUCGAUAACGCAACAUGACGACAUCAAAGCCCAACUCAACGGAGGAAUUCGUUACCUCGACCUGCGAGUGGCAAGAAAAGAUGGUGUAAAUGAAAUAUGUUUUUUACACGGAUUGUAUGGAGCUGCGGUUGAGGAACCACUUGAAGAUAUUGCUGAUUGGCUUACGUCGCAUCCUGGCGAAGUUGUGAUUCUUGAUUUCCAACAUUUUUACCAAUUCAACGAUUCUCUCCACAAUAUGCUAAUAAAUAUUAUUGAAAGAACAUUCAAAGGAAAACUGUGUCCAAUCUUUCCAAGCUUUACUCACAUUUCUCUGCAGUGGCUUGCCUUAGAAAAGUACCAAGUAUUCGUAAUAUAUAGAAAUGUGGCUGUGAUGAAUCACACUAAUUUUUGGUUCAGUAGUUUAUGGGUGACUCCAUGGCCAAAUACGGUCAACCCGGUACACCUUAUUAAAUUUUUGGACGAAUCACUAGAAUCUAGAAAUCCAAGAACUGGUUUUGUUUCCCAAUGUUUACUUACACCAGAUACUUUCUAUGUUGUGAAGCAUGUUUUUGGAAACUUAGAAAGAGAUUUAGUCGAUGUUUGUAGAAAUAAUACUUUACCAUGGAUACGCAAUAAGAAACCGGGCAGCGACGGAUUGAACAUAGUGAUAUCCGAUUUUGUGUCGUACAAUGAUUUUUUAUUUGCAAAAACUGUAAUUCAGCGUAAUGUUGAAAUGUUAAAAGUAUCUAGCAAACAAAUCUCUGGAAAAUACAUAGAGGUUCAAUCUAAAUCAUAGAUUCAAUCAUGUUGGUUUGAAAAAUUGGCUACUGUUGAUAAUAAUCCCUGUUGUACAAGGAUAGUUUAGUUUAAUUUAGUAUUUUAGCUGAAGAAUUUUUAGCUUCUUUACUUUCUCACUUCAUUAGUCGCUACCGGAUACCUUAUGCUAA